AUGACUAGGGCCUCCCUAUCAGACGAAGCACACAGAAUCACAGCAGUUUCUCGAGUGGACGUAUCCCUUCAGGAUGUACUCCCGCACAAAGACAUCCAAGACAGCGUCGAGCAAGACACUGCAAGACUUUUGGCUUUUCUGACACCCAAAAGCACAGCGGAGCUGUCCGUAUCCCUCGUAUCUGAUAAAAUUAUACGAGACUUGAACUUGCGUUGGCGAGGUAUUGAUUUGACAACAGACGUUCUAUCAUUCGAGCAGGACGGCGCUAGCGGGGAAGUGCUGGGGGAUAUUGUUGUGAGUAUGGAAACUGCAAAGCGAGCGGCGGAUAAAAGGGGAAUCAGUCUUAACGAUGAGUUGCGUGUGUUGCUCCUUCACGGCGUGCUGCACUUAUUGGGCUUCGACCACCAGGACGACGAUGAGCGACACAAUGUAAGUUGGGGAUGUGUGCUUGCAAAUUUCUUCUUCAGGGAUGCGAGCAACUGCUGUUUGGGUUGCCAGCUGCUUCUGACAAUGGUUUUCUUUGUUUGUGUGUCCACGCUGGCCGAUUCAGAUGGCGCAAGCUGAAAAGAUGGUUAUGUCAAGGCUGGGUUGGACAGGUCAAGGGCUUGUGGAGGCUGCAGAAGUCUGAGAGGUCGAGCGGUGGCCAAUUUCUUGUCAUAUCUCAUGACAAUUGCAGCCAUACCUGUUUCAAGCCUUGUGAGUGUUUCACUUCACGCGUGAAGACAGAAUUAUUGUUAACUCUUUGUUUGAUCGUUACGUUCCUGAGACAGCGCACUGCCGUGCCAUAAGAUCGCAUGUCAUCGUCUGGCCGAUCUUUAGUCUACCGGAAGACAUGAUCACACACCUGCACUCGAUUUUAGCUCAAGGACAAGGAAAUUUCGCGCCCGGCUCUUUCUCGAUUUGAAUUUUGGAGAAAUUAUUGUCCUAGGAUCGAAAGAAAAUGCAAAGCAAAGUGGUGGUAUGCGGUUUGUGUCCUAUUUGACAGUAGCUCUUAGCCAAUCAGUCAAAUAGGACCGCAAUGCUACUGCGGUUUUCCCCUCCAGGACAAACGUCCGAAUGAACAAGGCUACGUUUCUUGGAGAACCUCACUGGAGAUGCAACCUCUCCCUAGUAAAACCAAACCAAGCACUUGUAGAAUCGUCUCCUUCGAUAGAAAGAAAAGGUUGCCGCGCUCCGAUUGUGAAAUAAUAUAUAUUCAAAGUUGCUGA